ACAAAAGCUCAUUUAUUUAUCAAGGAGUACUAGAUAUCUCAACUUAAAUUAUUUUGACAAAAGCUCAUUUUUUAUUUUGAGUCAACAUUUGUCAUACUAGGACUACAAAAUAAAAUUGUAUGGAAACAAAUUUGUGUUUUGACUUUUGUUUCAUUAAUUGUUGAGUUUGACCCAUCAUAUUUAUAAGACUUAUGUAAGCAAGAACAUCAAAAAUGAUCUACAACCAAACUGAAAAAAAAAAAAGAGGGAAACAAAAAUAUUAUAAGAGAAGAAGUUAGAUAUCUACGGAAAAUGAAAAGCAAGAAAUCUUCAGAUGCUUAUGGAACAUAUUUUCUUCUGAUAUCAACCAUUUUCUUGCUUUUCAUCUCACGACAAGCAAAUUCGUACCAAAUGCUCAUAUGUUUAGAUCUAAAUAUAUCAUGUGCCGAGUGCAAAAAACAGUGCGACGAGACAAGUUAUGGAGGAAUAUGUUUAAAUGGAGGCAGAACUUGUUGUUGCAAAAAAAGUCCUCCACCAUCAUAUUAUGAUCCCCCUGGCCCUUCUCCAUAAUCAUAUCAUUUUGGAUUUGCUCAAACAUAUCAUAUUUAUAGCUUGAAAGGGAAAAGAAUCAGCAAAAUAAAGUUAUUUCAUAAUAAAUUUUUAUUUAUUUACAAA